GGAGUUUUGUGUGAAUGACAAAGUGUUAGCAAAUUGUGUUAAUUGCAAACAGUUGUUCAAUGUUCAUAAUAUUAUUUGUUUGUGAUUGUGUGAAUACAUAUUGAGCUGUUUAUCGCUUUCCAUUGUUAUUGAGCGCUCUAAGCAGCGCUUUAUUGAAUCAGCGCUGACCACGGUAAAAAUAUGCAGGCGUCGCUUAUCUCUUGUUAUGGUACCGCCAGCGAAAAUCAACUUCUCACCCCCAACAACAGCAACAACAACAACAAGAGGACAGCAGCUGUUGCUGGUGUAAUAAAAACAAAAGUGGCUCAUCGAACAAUAGGCAGAUACAAUCAGCGAAUGAUUCGUUGACAGAUGUACAUAGAAGCUUGAAGUAGGCAGUCGCCAGUGUGCAAUGAACUCUGUUUAAUGCAUUGCCUUAAAUACAUUAAAACAGCCCUUUCAAACACUCAAUCAACAGGUAGCCACAAUGUCACUCCAGCAGCAAACGGAGCUGCAGCAGCUACUUGAACUACUGCCCAGCGAAGAGGAAGAACUGAUACAGUCCUUCAUCAAAUGUCUUGGUGGAAGUGGUGCCCAGUUGCAUCAGGAGCGCUUGCAGAGUCUGCUAGUAAUCUCUCCAUAUCCGAUACUUCAAAUACUACACUUGCUAUAUAAUCAGUCCAAAUUCUACGUGGGACGCAUUGUUAGUGGGGCGUUGAAGCAUAUGCUGGAUGAUAAUAACACAUUCAUCUCAACUUCAGCUUCGACUCGUUUCUUCAGCGUACUGGCAAACGUUCCGCAACAAAUAUUGGAGACGACGCAAUCUGAUCAGAAUUUGAUAGAACAUAUUCUGAAUGAUUCCUUAUGCAACAAUGAGUACUUGAUGUUGGCAUUAUUGGCUCGUCAAGAUCCACAGUUGAUAAACACAGUUUUGCACAAGCUACAACAGCAACUGGAAAUUGUGUGUACCAAUUCAGCGCCAACAAGUCUGCUUGUGCUGCACCUGGCACUCAAACAUCGGGAGCACUUUGUACCCAGGGUGUGUCAGCAGCUAAAAAAUUUUGAAUGCAUUCGUGAUCGCACAUUGCGAAAUAAUUUACUCAUUCUCCGUUUGGCCAAUGAGUUUGCACUGAGCACACAGACAUUGGAUGAGCUGGCUCAGCUGGAUCAAUCACUAGCUGCUUUCGAUGUAGCUGCAGUGCCUGCUGAGUUGCAGCCUGUGCAUCAAUUCUUCUUUGCAGACUUCCAACGAAUCGGUUUGCUGCUUAAGUUUUUGCAACAGCAGCAGGAUGGGAAUGCCUUCAAGACGAUCAAGGUUAAUGCACUGCUUCAAGCACCGGGCGUGCUAUCGUUGAUCUAUGAGCAUGGCAUAGAGUGUGAUAAGGAACAAGUGAUUCAGCUCAUUGAGCACACUUACAAAUGGCAACAGCAAACACCAGCGCUCAAGAACGUACGCGUUGAGGAGCUGGAAAUCUGGAGCUACUAUACCGCUUUAUGUCAUGUCUACAAUGUGAUAUUGGAGCUACACGAUACCACGGUGAGGGAUCAAUUACUGUUGCUCUCCACUCAGCUGCGUCAGCUACGUGAACUGGUAACACUCUCCUCACUCCUAGAGGACAUAUUCCAACUAGUUUUCCUGCGAUGGGAGCAGCUACAAAAUACAAAGCACACUGAAUGCGACGACGACGACGAUGAAGAUAACGAUGAUGAUGAGCAGUAUGUGGACGACGAUGCGACGCCAGCACGCACGCCUAAUGUCAGCAGUGCGCAGAAACGUCGCUACGGUUUCAUCUGUCGGGGUCCAGCUUUGUAUGCACUGUUCAGCUAUCUGAAAGGAUUCGUGACUAAGAAGCUACACACACAGGACUUCAAGUACGCCACAGAGGAACAACAGCGGCGAUUUCAACGUCUAGUGGAUGCCAUCAGUGAGGCACUUUGGAAGUUCAGUGUUCUACAAAAGAUUGAUCAAUCACUGAUGAAAACAAGUCCAGCUUCAGGCUGCCUCUUUGAACACGAACAGAUGUUUCAGCUGAUUCAAUUGCAUAGUCAUUCACGAGAGAAGGCAUCCAGCGAUGAUGAAAGCAGGGAGCGCAGCUUUCACGCAUCCAGUCUAACAAGACGGAAGUCACGUAAGCAAAGACGCGCGGCCAGCUUUAGUGGAGCGGCUGGUAGCUUAUCAACUGAGGUGCUAACUCUUGAGCAGUGUCGCGCUCGUGCUCAACAGCUGCUGUUGAGCGGAGGUGCAAGCAACAAAGAACCGCAGCAUGCUGCGAAACAGUCAUUAGAACGCUCCAUCAUACCAAAAAUGCUAAGUACGCCUGAACAGUUGGCUAUUAUGGCGUUGGCGCUGAAGAACUUUAAUGAUGUUAAAUACAUUAUAGAGACCUUUCAUCUGCAACACACUCAGCUGAGUCGCGAGCUACAAUUCAUGGAGCAUCAACAGCUAAUUAAACAAAAACUGGCCAAUAUCUAUGCAAACUACGAAACAUUGGCUGGCGAAGCCAAUGCUACCAGCAGCAACGCUGCCACCACAGUCGAACAAAUCAAAAGUGUGGCUGCUAAGGGCUUUGAGCUAUCCAAAAUUAUCAGCGUGGUGGACAAUUUUGCACAGUCGCAAAAGUUGCAACACAGCGCCGAAUUGAAGGCACUUUUACAACGUCACUGCGCAAAUGGUCAAUAUGGCUUCCUCCAACAGUUUCAGGAGCGCAAUCUCAACGCCCUGAUUGUCUUUGAUUUGAUUAUAAAUCUGCGCUUCAAUCGCGAAAUUACUGGCAAUCUGCUGCUGGUUAUACGACGACAGCAGCAGCAGCAACAGCAGCAGCAGCAAUCUGCGACUAAUAGAUCUCGUGAACCCAGUCCGAGAGAGAUGGGCGCCAUGUACUUAUUGGGAAAUCUCUGUGAGUGCAUGCGUCUGCUCGAGCACGCUGGUCGUCAAUCGGCACUUAAUGAGCUACUUUGCCGGCACAGCUAUGCACUGAGGCCAGUAGCGUUGGCCUUGCAGCUACAGCGGGAGGCCGUCUUUACAACACUCUAUCAAAAGGCCUCGGCAGAUUAUGCGCAUUCUCAGGAGCUGCGCGCCCAUUCAGCGCUCUUUCAGCAGCUUAAAUCGCGACAGAAUUACUACACACGCUUUUGCAGUUACGUGCAGCAGCUGUCGCGUCUUCUCCAGUUGCGCGAUCCCAAUCUAGAGUAUCACAACACUCAGCUGAUGCGUCAUGAUCCCUACCAAGUCAUUGGCGAGCUGAUUUACGAGUGCAACAUCACUCCACUUGAGAUUGAAAGCAAUGUCGCAGCACUUCAUCUGAAUCUUGUGCAUGUCAUAGCUCUAAACAUUUGUCCACAGUUGUUGGAUGGCGGGGGCAAAAGGUUAUCACGUUCGGUGUCGCCUCAAAAACAGGAAUCAAUUCACAACUACAUUUCACAACACAACCAGUUGCUGGCACAAUUACUGCAGGCAGUGCAGCUGAGUGCACUUCCAGUAAUUAACGAAUCCGAAGCGGGCUUGACCUUUAACUGUCUGCGGCAGUUGAUGAAACUGCCCGAAAUAGAGACGCUUGCGCAUAUGCAUCAAGACAAUCUUGUUAUGGCUGCUCUGCAUGCCUACAAAGUAGACAGCGCUACAUUGGCGCAAUUGGAAUGCGGCAAGGAACUACAGCUGCGAAUUCUUUUGCUAGGCAUUGGCGGACAAGCUGAACCAGCGGACAGGUUGAAGACACGCAUAGAUAGUUUAAUUAGUGAACUGAUUGCAGAAGAUGCUCGACACAUACAGUUAGCUUCGUAUAUGCAGGAUUUGGGACAGCGAGCUCAGCUGCUGCAGCAGCAUUUCACCAAAAUAUCUAGCAGUCAAUUAGCAAAAGAGCUAAUCGAGCACACGCUUCAGCAUCGAUCGGCGGCACUUGCUAUUCCUCUACAGUUGCGCACUCAACUGGAGCACACGCUGUCGGAUAUUACGAUAUAUGCUAGAGUAUCGGCGCUCCUGGAAUUUGAGAGUUGGCCACAGGCCUACGAUUUUGGUCGUCAAACACCAAACGUCAUCUUUGAGCAGCUGCUGCAGGGGCGACACUAUGAGCUGUGCUAUGAGUGGUGCCGCAUGGUGCAGUUGACGAAUGCAGUUGGCCAGCAGCGUGUCUGCCUCCUCACACUGUUGGAUUCAUUCCUAGAGCUGGGCGAUGAUGAUGAUUUGGAUACACAUUUGAUACGCAUAGCGGAGUUAUUUCCAGCUACGGUUCUGGUCAACUUUCUGGACACCCAUAAAGAUAAGAUGCGUUCUCUACCACUCUUGCAGUGGUUGGUUGACUAUUUAGAGGUAAACGCACGCGACUCGCGUCCUUAUCUCAAUUAUCAAUUCUCGCUGGAGCUACUACGGCAAAUGCCUAACGGAGAGCGCCACCAUUUCUGGCCUCUCUUGCGAUAUCCGUUGCUCAUUAUCGAGCAGCUGGUCAUGAAUACGCGCUUUGAACUGCUCACCAAGCUGCUGGAAUCGGCACGUGCAAAGCUGCUGCAGCGCAUGCCUUUGGGACCCUGUGUCUAUUGCUUUGAAAAGCGUGGUCAUGCUUACGAUGUCCAUAGCACUGGUGCCACCGUCGGUAAAAGUGGAGACAAGAUACGCUUUCAGCUGGGUCAGACGAAUUCGGAGGCUUUCAUACUGCUCAAUUUCAAUUCAUAUCAGCAAGAUCAUGUGGUCAGCAAUGAUUGCCUAGAUUUGUUGUUGCGAAUUUAUGCCAGCAAGGCAUUGGACUACCAGAUAGCCAAUGUGCGCAGUGGAGUGGCUUCAGAACCGGGCUCCUUGGGUACUGACGUCCACAAUUCUUUAGACUCGCUGUGUGGCGCCUUUCAAAUGCCUCAACAGGCGCCAACUCGCGACCAGUGGAUACCUGAUGAAAAUGCCACCCACUGCAUGUGCUGUCGCCGUUCCGCUUUUACAAUGCUGAUGCGUCGCCAUCAUUGUCGUCGCUGUGGUCGUGUUGUUUGCUAUGCCUGCUCCACUCAACGUAUGGCCAUUCCAGAGCUAUAUGGGGAUGUGGAGGUACGCGUUUGUAAUGAAUGCUAUAAACCAGUAAUUGCCGAGAAACCGAUAAACGUCCAACACGAAACGCAUGCAGUCAUUCCACGUCCUGCCAUAGGCUCAUCGGACGUCUAUAAGUGGUGUCUAAGCGGCAUCAUUACACAUGACAAAUUAUUGCGCGAGGAGUUCUGCUAUGAGCAUGCGCCCAGCGUGGCACUCAGUCUGUCCAUAUUGAGACAUCAUUUGGAUCAGCGGCAAUGUGUGGACCUGUUGCUAUUUCACUGUCGGAAGCUGGAGAAACUUAUUGUGCCGAAUCCAGAGGUCGACUACGAGCUUGUAGCUAAAAUGAUGAACCGCCUGGCAUUGGCAGCGAAGAUCCUCGGUGCUCCUGCUGAAUUUGAGACCAUUCGUGAACAUUCGGAAAUCAUCAUGGCCGUGGUACAGCAGGGCUGCGAGUCGCUAAUACCAGCAGGACCACUGAAUAAUCAUAGCCUACGACAAUUGGGCGACGCUCUUAUCGAGUCAGAGCACUGGAAGCUAGCGUUGGAUGUGCACUUAAAGUGGGGCUUUGCUACCACUGGUGUGAUGGCUGCCCACGGGUUGGCCUCAUUACGUGCCGGUUGCUAUGAUGCAGCACGUGAAAAGUUUGCGCAUUGUAUGACCCGGUUGUCCACCGAUGAGCAAAACAGUUGCAUAUACAAACAUAUUUUCGGAAAGGACUUGAAGGCAGCAGCAUCGUUACCAUUUGCCAAAACCAAAAAGCGUCCGCAGCGAGGACCUGCUCUACUACAGGAGAUUCUCCAGCUAAUUGCAUCAAUGCCUCAAGCACAGCCACAGCCGGAGACUCUGCAGCGUGCAUCGCUCAUACGUAAUUCAAAUACCUCACUGGCCUCGCUAUUCUCGCGGCGCCGAGAACCGUACGUGGCGCAGACUCCAUUGCGGGAACCAGCACUAAAUGUGAUUAACGCAUUGGCCAAUCUGAAACACAUAGCCAAGGGUCAAUAUGGUGAGCCGACUGUACAGAAUUCCACCGAGGAUAAUCGUCAUUCACGCGCAUUUGAAGAAUCUCUUCAUUACGUGUUUACUUAUGGCAGCCACACAGACAUUCUUCAAUUCUUAAUGCAGCGCGACGAGCUACGCUCAGCUCUACGCUACUGGCAGCUUCAGCAGUUGGAAUCGGAACUCUUCAUACAACAUAUAUUCCAGGUAUCACUGGCCGGUGGUCGUUUACCGGCGCUGAUUGAAGAACUACAGUGGUUGGAUUCCGAUACUCAUUUAAGUGCUUGGCGCGUACCGCUAUUGCAGACAUGCCGAUACUUGGAACAGCAGCAACAGCUCAAUUCCCUGUACCAAUUGCAGCUACUAUUAAAGGAUGCUGUUCGCGCGAGCAUGACUUGCGUAAAGUUCUAUCCUCUGCAUUGCGAUAACUUUCAAAAGUUGCAUGCAAAUGCGCAACAUUUGAUGUCAGCACACAUGCACCUGCAGGGUGAACUGGACCUAGCCCAGUGGGAGCACCUUCAGCGUGAGCAGCAAUUAGCUGGGAGCAGACGUACCAGCGUUGUCAGCUGUAAUGCGAGCACCACUUGUUUUGCUAUGCAAUUAGAUGCACGUACUCUAAAUGGCCACAUUAAUACGAUACGACGACAAAUAGAAUUGGUUAAGUUUUUGGCGCAGUGCGAACGAGAGCAACCGCCAGUUGGUGGUAUGCUGUGCACAUUACAAAUAUUGAAACAGAUUCGACCAGAGGCACCUCGCGGUACAUUGCCCACAUUGUUUGAUGGCUCUGCCGAGAAGAUUCAGCUGUGCAUUUUGGUACUGUUAUGUGGCAAGAACAUAGACGAGGGUUUUGGCCUAGCCUACGGCAUCAUGCAAGACUUCAAGUUGGCGCACAUGAAAGUGUUUGGCGCAACUGCCAAAUAUUUGUCAAAAAAUCAACGCCUGAGCGAGGUAGAUCGUCUGUUGGACUGCAUAACUAGCAACAACGGCAACAGCAGUAGCAGUGCUUCGGAUUCGGAUGAGCUGCUCUCGAUUGCCGUCAAUGCUGCUGUGAACAGCAACGAGCCAGAGACCAAGCAUAUAUUGGACAAAUUGAUCAAGCGCAUUGGGAAAGUGGAGCUGCGCAUAUCGUCAUACAUUUAUAUUGGUCAACUUAAGUCAGCUUACUUGUUAGCCAACAAACACGAUCGCCUGACAGACAUACGUAAGAUCUUAAGACAGGCGGAGAUGACGAACCAAAUACAUAUUAAGAAACUGUGUGAGAAAAAACUGAAUAUAAAUUCAACUCCAAUGUCGCCAACGCCACUGUGAUAAAAAAAUUUAAUUUGGCAAUAUAUAAAGUCUAAUUUUGGUAGAUAAAUAUUAUAAAACUAAUUGUAAAAGAAUUGAUUUUAAAUCGUUCCGUAAACCAAUGCGUUGGUCAAGUAUUUCUUAAC